AAUUUCGAUGGAUUUCGAAUUUUACCCAAUCAAACGACGUCAUUUGACUGUGUCAGCAAUUGGUCGAGCUCAGUUUGGAUUAUUGUUUCAAUAGCUCUAGUCGUUAUUGUGAAUUUGCCUUUAAUUUCUAGUUGAAGAAAUAUUUUAUUACUCUUUGGAUAUUUUUUCUGUCUAAAUUGGAUUCAAAGAAAUUUAUUAACUUUAAAAACAGUGCCAAAUCAACGGCACAUAUAAUUUGCUGAAACUCGAUAAGUUUGAUCAUCACACGUGAAAUAGUAAAGAAAAGGGAAUAAAAUCAGAUUUUGUCCUUUCUGGAUGUGAAAUUCGGUUAAAAUCGUUAAACUAAUUCGUUUAUCGGUGCAAAAUGAUGUUACCAUUUCAAAAUUCGUUUGUUCGAAUGAACUACGUUAAAAUCCUCUUGAUGUCAACCGGAGCUAUAGCAGUCGGUGUGGUAUUUGCAGGAUUUUUAAUGCCCAAAAUCAUUCGUAUGGCCAUGAAAAUGCAACUUCGCGUGACUCCAGGAACAAUGACGCGAGAUAUGUAUGAGAAGGUUCCAUUCGCGCUAGAUUUUUCAGUGUACAUUUUUAAUGUUACAAACAAGGACGAAGUUUUGGCUGGCGGAAAACCAAUAUUACAGGAACUUGGCCCAUACUACUUUGAAGAAUUCAAAGACAAAGUUGAAAUUGUGGACGACAAUGAAGAAGAUACAAUGGAAUACGAUUACAGAAAUACGUACCAAUACAAACCGGAACGAAAUGGUCCCGGUUUGACCGGCAAUGAAUUCGUCACCGUAGCACAUCCGCUCCUGUUGGCAAUGAUACUGUCGAUUAAUGUUGAUCGACCAGAGCUUUUGGCAUUCAUCCAAACGGCAGUGAAUGGACUAUUGCGAAAUCCACAAGAUAUUUUCUUCACUGGGCGUUUAUGGGAUUUGCUGUAUGAUGGUGUCGUUCUUGAUUGUUCGUCAGAAGAUUUCGAAGUCAACGCAGUUUGUUCAGAGUUUGACAGUGGUGACUAUGCCGAAAUUCGGCGAAUCAAUGAAACCGCAUUCUCAUUCUCUAUGUUUGGCAAUUCGAAUGGUUCAAGCAUUGGUCGUUUCAAAGCGCUUCGUGGUAAGAAAAAUAUCCGUGAUCUUGGUCGCGUUUUGGAGUACAACGGUUUAAUCGAAAUGGACGCGUGGUAUGAGGAUGAAUGUAACGAGAUCACCGGCACAGAUGGAACAAUUUUCCCGCCAUUUUAUGAGAAAGAAGAAGGAUUCACUAUUUUCAUUCCACAAAUGUGUCGGGCAAUGACGGCUGAAUAUCAACGUCCAUCGAAAUAUGCUGGCAUAAAAACCAAUCAAUUUACACUCAGUUUUGAUGUUACAAAAUACGGAUCACCCAAUUGCUACUGUCGCGAUGGAGAAUUUUGCCCACCCGAAGGUUUACUUGAUCUAUAUCCUUGUGUCGGCACACCUAUCGCGAUUUCGGCCCCACAUUUUUACAAAGUUGAUCCAGCGGUGCUUGAGAAAGUGAUUGGAUUGAAUCCCGAUCCAGAAAAGCAUGAAUUUUUCAUGAAUUUCUAUCAGUUUGCUGGCGCACCGGUCGAGGCGUAUGGUCGUCUUCAAGCGAAUUUCGAAAUUGUUCCAGUUGAAGAGGUUCCGUACAUGAAAGACUUGCAAUCGAUGUACUUGCCACUCAUGUGGAUCGAAAACGGUGUUGGCUUAUCAAAAAAGUACACCAACAUGUUGAAGUAUCAGCUGAUUAUGGGCCUACGAAUUCAAAAACUAAUGAAAUAUGGAUGCAUAAUCGGAGGUGUCGUUGGACUAAUUAUCGGCGCAGUUGCCGGCUUCUUGCAAAGUGAAAAUGAAAGCAAUGAAACGCGUUCGAUUUCAGCUAAAUCAGAUGCGGUAUUGGUGGAAAAUCCAAAUGUACAAUCGAUCGAAGUGGCUAGCAAUUGAUAAUGAAUAUUUACCUUUGCACUCCACAGCAGUGGCCAUUGAGCAAAUAGU